GGUCCUUUUGGUAACUACACACUAAUACUCGCUCACAAUCGCGCAGAAGAGGCCUUUGCACUGCAGACUAUGGAUACCAGUCAAGGUGAGUUUACCAUUUGCGCCUCUGCAGAAAGUCCGGAGGAUGCUCAGUUCGAUAAUUUAGUGGGCGCAAUUGAAGACUUUAUGAUCUCUUUUGAUCUGAAGUCCGCCCUAAAGGAAUUACCAAGACUAAGAAGCAUUACGGGGGAACACGAACAGCACGCCAUUUAUAAAAAAUUUUUAAAUCAUGUUGAAAGUGAGCUAAAUCAACAUAUUCUUGCACACUUUCCCGAAUACAAAGACAUCUCGGAGGUUGAAUCUAUACUCCAUGCCCAGCACGAUAAAAUAUCCGAGGAAGUUUGGGACUUCAUUAGCGAAGGAUGCUUUGAUUAUAAUGUAUUUUUGGAAGAGUGGAAAGCAAACUCCCCUUAAAGGUUCGAGACUGAUUCUGUAUCAUAAGAAAGAAAUGUGGGACUCAUUCCACCAUCAUCACUAGUGUAGGGUAUUUAUUUUACUGUUAUCAUUAUCUUCACCAAAUAAGUGUAACGUAUUCAAGUUGUUAAAUCCCUUGUGCGAAUGUGCCUAGCAUUGGCGUUGGUGUCUUGAUUCAUUCGAAUAAUCGUCAUGGUUGUGUUCGGUCUGGUGGAAAAACUAGGACGGCUAAUGUGUUGAGCGCUUAGUGUUUUAUGAAAUCACCAAAAAUGUAUUUUUCUUUAAUAUAUUAUGGAGGAUAUGGACCUCCAUCUUUUGAAAGCAGGUGACAGAACGCGGCACCAAACAGGCUUUUCAAUCGUCUCCUAACGGCUCCGCUGGAGCAAAUAGAGAAAGAUAGGUAAGGAGAUUUAUGUAAGAAUGGUGUCUUUUUCAUGAUGUUCAAUACACUGCCUCUAAAUUGUCUAGCCAUGCGAUAACUAUUACUUUAUUGAGUUGGGAUACCCUAAGUGACUACUUCGUACAUUAUGCGCACAGGUAUUGAAUAAAUGUAUAUUCAUGCCAAUAGGCCGACAUCCGAUCCGAAGUACCCGAC